AGGGCUGUAUAUAUAUAGCUUAAUGCAACGCACUAACAUUUUCAUAUGAAUUGCAUUUCUGACCCCGUCAAAAGUUCAAUCAAUUGUUAUCGAAGAACAAAAAUUGUCUCCGUAUGCAUUUCCAUUGAGCCAAAAAGUGUCGAAAAUGUCAUCGAUGCACACGUUCCAUUUUUAGAACGGGUUUUUAAUUGUAUGCGCUCAAAAUAAAACGUACACACACGUUUGUUUUGUGUAUAUACGUAUUUUUUCCAUCCAACCAACGAUUCGAACAUUUGUGGCAUUUCAAUAAUCGAAAGACCGAGAAAACGCAGCACGACGGAGAAGAACCCAACACAUACACAACCAUUUUUCAAUAUGGCAGCCAACAAAAAUAAGUGAAAUACUAUUCAUUGCAUCGUCAAACUAAUAGGAUGGUGUUUUUUUUUUGUUAUUGGCGAGACAAGAAAAAUGUGUGAUUGAAAAACAACAACCGAAUAUGUGUUAGUAAUUGACAAAAGGAUUACAAAUGUGAUGAAUCAAAUUUUAUUUCGUGAAAUUCGAAUUGUGAAAUCACGAAUUCACAACGUUGCAGCAAAGCAGAGCGAAAGAGAACGACAACAGUUUUGGGUCAAUAGCGCUCAAAUCAACAACUACGAAGCGUACGAUGUAGUAGUAUACAAAACACACAAUUCAAAUGAUGAAAAAAGAAAACAAAACCACGGCCAACGAAAAAGAAAAACGAAAAGAAACAAAAACCCAAACACACAAUUUUUUUUCUUCUCAAGAUACAACGUGUGUAUCGAUAGAACUCACAUCAUAAAUGUGUUCACAGGAUUUUGUAUCGUUGAAUGCAAGUGUCUUUGUCACCAUUUGAGUCAUUUUAGCUACAAAGAGAUAAUGUAAAUUCAAUCAUUUACAAACGAAACCAAAUCAAGAUACAUCACAAAUAAAACACAAUUUGUUUUUUGCGGUGUGUCUUUUCUCGCUCUCUCAUCGUUGAAAUUUUGUGUAAACGAUUUAAAUUUUAAUUUUAAUGAACUUCAAAUUUGUGAAGCGUAUCAAUGGCUAAACCAUAAACUAAUAAACAAUCGAAAAAUCUAGAACAUAUAGACGAAGCAACAUUUAUAUAAAACUGGUGCAAUUUAUUUGUUGUUCAUUUUGUGGUGAGAACCAAAACAUUCAACGAAAUGGAUAAUUUCAUAUGUGCUGGUUAUAUUUUCUCAUCAAAUUUUGAUUCAGGCAAUCUGAACAAAGUGGAACUCGUCAAAUGGCAUGAAGAAGCACUACCAAAUAACGAAACGGUAGCGGUUGAAUUGAAUCUAUGGACGCGACCCGAUUGUGCGGGCACGGAAUAUGAAAAUCUCAAUCGAUCAUGGUUCUUUUUCAGCAUUCAAGGCGGCGAGCCAAACAAAGUGUGCAAAUUGAACAUUGUGAAUUUAAACAAGCAAGCGAAACUCUUUAGCCAAGGAAUGCAUCCGGUUAUUCGAGUUGGUGAAAAUGGCAAAUGGGAGCGUACAAAACACUCGCCCGUUUACAAUGUGAACGAUAAUGAAUUUGUAUUGAGCUUUCUACACAAACCACAAACGGAUAUAGCGACGAAAUUUUACUAUGCAUUUACGUUCCCAUUUACAUACACUGAAUGCCAAAAUCAAUUGGCACGAUUUGAUGGCCUAUACCUAAAAUCCGAAGAUGAAAUGAAUUACAUUCUUCAACGUCUGAAUGUCGAUGUCAAUUGCAAUACAAUCAACUUUGAAAAUGGUGAUUCGGAAGCGGUUGAAAAUGUACAAAACAUUCUUAACGCCGAACAGCCAAAUCGAAGUCAUGAGUCGUCGUCACGCAUCAAUAUUUUGGAAAAUCAAUCGAAUGACGAAAUCGAAAAUGGAAUCUAUUAUCAUCGUGAAUUAUUGACAAAUUCGGUGGAAGGAAGACGAGUGGAUUUGCUUACAAUUAGUUCAUUUCAUAACAUUCAAAAGGAGCAUGAAUAUCGAUUUCCCGAAUUAUUUCCAGAUUCGCAUUCCAAACGAUGUAAAUUGUUUAAAAACAAAAAGAUUAUUUUUGUAUCAUCGCGAGUUCAUCCGGGCGAAACGCCAGCAUCUUUCAUAUUGAAUGGCUUUUUGAAAAUGUUAUUCGAUCGAAAAAAUCGUUACGCCACCAUACUUAGAAGAAUGUAUAUUUUCAAAAUAAUACCCCUUCUAAAUCCGGACGGUGUAUUUAAUGGAUAUUAUCGAUCAGAUGUUUUGGGUCACAAUUUAAACCGUGUUUAUUUGUCACCCAAGCGUGACACUCAACCAUCAAUUUAUGCGGUCAGAAGAUUGAUAAGGUACUAUCACAAUGAUAAAGAUAUUGCUGAUGAAGAGCAACAACCGGUGGAUAAUAAUAACGAAAUACCCGAUUUGAAUUUAUCCAAUAAUCUUGGAAAUAAUAUUGAAGAAUUAAAUCUAGAAUCGUCGGGUUUCGAAGAGACUGAUACGGAAACGCCGAAUCGUGAAUCGUCUGAAGAAAGAACACGAUCCAAUAAUGUAUUAACGGAAAUAAAUAUCGAAGCGAAAAAUAAUCGAAAUACCGAUAAAAUAAUUUCGGUGCCGGUGUCAAAUUCAUCAACGCCAUCGAUAUCAUUGACACAAAGUCCAUCCACUGAAACGGAAUUGGAACCGAAACCAGGCUGCUCAACCGAUUCACAAUCGAUUCCAAGUAGCGCUGAAGAAAUGCCAAGCACAAAUGCAACAGUCAAAUGUCGUAAAAAUACGAACAAAUUGAAACCAACGGUGACGACAGCCGCUAAAUAUAUUGCUAAACCAUCGAUUUCUCUAAUGCCGAAAAUGGGUGCAAACGAAGCGAAUGUUGAAGGUAUUAAAUUGAAAAAAGUAUCGCCACGACCGUCGUCAAUAUCAAACCAAAGCACAUUUUCAUCGGCGUCAUUGAGUGGUCGUGAUUCUGGUUCGGAUGGCAGCGCACGAUACUCGAGCAGCGCAUUUGAAAGUGGUCGCAGUGAGAAAAAGAAAGAGCCACUACAAAGCUUAAAGUCAAAUACAGGGAGUAAUAAAAAUAUUGAUAAAACAAAUCGGAAACUAUCGAAGAACGAUAAGAAUGACAAUGACACAUUGGCCGCUCCCUCUUCAGGUGGUGUAUCUAGUCGAAGUGUGAAACGUUCGCCAUUAUCACGUAAAUUUUUGCACAAUCCCACAUCGGCAAAUAUAAAUAUCAGUUCGGACUUUUGUAAAGAUUCCAAUCAAGCCAAAUGUGAUGAGCAAAGCAACAUGUUUUUGUAUAUUGAUUUGCAUGGGCAUGCAUCAAAGAAAGGCAUUUUUAUGUACGGAAAUUACCUGCCAAAAAUCGCAGAGUCGGUCGAAUGCAUGCUAUUGCCACGAUUAAUGAGCUUGAACAGUCAUCAUUUUCAUUUCGAUGCAUGUGUUUUCUCCGAACGAAAUAUGUACCACAAAGGUAAACGAGAUGGUUUGUCCAAGGAAGGAUCCGGCCGGGUUGCUAUCUAUAAAACAAUCGGUUUGGUUAAAAGUUACACACUGGAGGGAAAUUAUAAUACGGGAAAAUACGUGAAUAUACUGCCUCCAAGAGAGAAGGAAAUUAAUUCACGAAAGAUUUGCACGAUUCCACCAAAAUAUACACCAAACAUUUUUGAAGAGGUUGGAAGAGCACUGGGACCCUCUAUUUUGGAUUUGACUGAAUCGAAUCCAUCGUCACGACUUCGUAUGUCCGAAUUUCGUACAUUGCAAGGCCUUCGAAAUGCACUACGCAACGAUAUUGAACGUGGCCUGUCCCGUGCCGAACCCAUUCAAAAGGCCACAACAUCUCACACAAAAUUGAAAUCUCUAAAAACAUCCACUGCAUGCAGUUCACCACUAACAACCACAACAGAUGUGUGUAAAGAAAAUAAAGAGCGUCACACAACUAACAAACCAUCAAUAUCUUAUGGAAAAAAGGAAAAAUCAACAACUGUAUCGUUGAAUCGAAAAAAGGGCAAAGUAUUGUGCGAUGUAAUUGCCUCCACAUCGGCCGCUCCAAUACCAACAAAACGUCAAAAAGUUGUGACCAAUAAAAAGUUCAAUGUUGGCGACAAGGUCGACACAAAAGAUUCACCACUUGAUUUAGAUAUGAAUGCGAUCAGUACUUUGAAUUUAAAAUCAGACGAUGUAAAUACAAUGCCACAAAAUGUAAGCGCAUCGGUAACCGAAGAUUUAUCGGCGUUCAUCGAUCAACCAACUACAUCAUUUGAUCCUGAUUUACCAUGCUGUUCAUACCAAUUACUGCCACAACCAUCAUCAUCAUUCAAUCCAUUUAAAUAUCCGAAUGUACCGAAAAAAUCGGGCACUUUUCUAUUGCCCAGAAAAUCAUCAGCAUCAACAUCGUCAAUCUUAAUCAGCCAAUCGUCAAUUGUGCAAAGUACGAAAGUUAAAAGUUCAGCCAUUAAAUUAAGGGGCGGAUUUAAUAGUGCCGGAUCAUCGAGCAACGGGACUCGGCUCAAGUCAUUACGCAAAUCCAGCUUGACGAAAGAUGGUCGUCGCAUGAAAAAGAAGAAAUCACUCAAAGCCGAUGCUGGCAAACGUAAAAAGCCAAAAGUAUUUUAAGUUACAACAGCACCACCACCACCACCACCAUCAGCUUUAAUAGACACAUUUUGCGAUAUUUUUGAAUAUUUUUUUAAAAUCGAAUUGGAGGAUUUGAAUUUUUGUGAUUGAAUGAAAAAAACAAAUUAUUUAUGACUGUUUAUUUUUUUGUUAAACAAUUUUUCUCUUUUUUAAAAAAAAUGACCCACGGGCAAAUGAAAUUGAAUUAUUUUUUAUUACACACGAACUAAUGAGUUUGCAUGCAAACACAAAUUUAACAUUUACUUAAACUUUCAGUCAACAACAAAAAACAAAAUAUAUAAACGUUUUGAAAAUGUGUUACUUGUACAAAAUGAUGUGCGGGAAAGAAAAAAAAACAAGGAAAGACUCAAAGGGAAUAAAUUGUAAUCCAAAUGUGAUGUUUAAUGUGUGGAAUAAAUGAAACAUUAUAAAUAUUUGCUGACAAAA